AAUUAAAAAAUUUUGCACAGUUCAUUGCUGACUCUGGGCAUGUCUGUUGUUUGUAUCUGUAAUAUGUAUGUCCUUUUCAGUGUUGUCUGUUUUAGUGUGCAGGUGAUAGACUAGAGAACAAGACCUCUGUCUCCGUAGCAUCCUGGAGCAGUCUGAAUGCCAGAAUGGAUAACCGUUUUGCUACAGCAUUUGUAAUUGCUUGUGUACUUAGCCUCAUUUCCACCAUCUACAUGGCAGCCUCAAUUGGCACAGACUUCUGGUAUGAAUAUCGAAGUCCAGUUCAAGAAAAUUCCAGUGAUUUGAACAAAAGCGUCUGGGAUGAAUUCGCUAGCGAUGAGGCAGAUGAAAAGACUUAUAAUGAUGCACUUUUCCGGUAUAAUGGCACAGUGGGAUUGUGGAGACGGUGUAUCACUAUACCCCAGAACAUAUAUUGGAAUAGCCAACUAGAAAAGACAGAAUCAUUUGAUGUGGUCACAAGAUGUAUGGGUUUCACACUAAAUGAGCAGUUCAUGGAGAAGUUUGUUGAUCCUGGAAAUCACAAUAGUGGGAUUGAUCUGCUUCGGACCUAUCUUUGGCGUUGCCAGUUCCUUUUACCUUUUGUUAGUCUAGGUUUGAUGUGCUUCGGGGCUUUGAUUGGACUUUGUGCUUGUAUCUGCCGAAGCUUGUAUCCCACCAUCGCCACAGGCAUUCUCCAUCUCCUUGCAGGUCUGUGUACACUGGGCUCAGUCAGUUGUUAUGUUGCUGGAAUUGAACUACUCCACCAGAAACUAGAGCUACCUGAGAAUGUGUACGGUGAAUUUGGAUGGUCCUUCUGCCUGGCUUGCGUCUCAGCUCCCUUGCAGUUCAUGGCUUCUGCUCUCUUCAUCUGGGCAGCUCAUACCAACCGGAAAGAGUACACCUUAAUGAAGGCAUAUCGUGUGGCAUGAAUGGGAAGCUACCUGCUUUACAAUUGCCAUUUUUAUUAUUUUUUCAUAGUAAUAAUUUCCCUUGUUUGCCCCCUAAUUGUUUUUAAUUUAACUUUUUUUUUGGCAGAUAUAUCAUUUUAUCCUGAAAAUCUAUUUUAUUUAUUCACACAGUUGUUUUUUAAUACCACUGAAAUUUGUAUGGAUUCCUCUAAUUCCCUAUUUCAGACAAACUAACCUAGGUUCAGAAUCCAGACAGAAAGAAAUGGGUAGACACUUGACACAGAUUUGUAAAAGAAAACCGAUAGUGGGAAAUUGACCCAGAGCAGGUUCUGCUGAUGUCUGUUAGACUUUUUAGUAAAGUAACUGUAUUCACUCAACUGGAAACUUUUUUUUUUGGUUGGGAAAUCUCAUCAUUGUCAAAACUUAUGAUCACUUUGCUGAUAUAGAUAGCCAGUUAGCCAGACGUAUGAGUACUAUUUUCAGAGACUUAAGCUAUAUAAAAUAGGGAAAUUACGAUCUUUUCCCCUAAAUAUUGGCAUAUAGCUUCACCAGGAUGAAAUAUGGCAGCUGUUUAUCUAAACUGUGUCUGUGUACAAGAAAAGUGAAAAGUGUAGUAUUUACUUGACAUUUUAACUUUGUAACUGCAAGAAUUCUAAUUCAACCAGACAAGAAGAUUAACCUUAUUUUUCUUUUCUUUUUUAAAAAUUUUCCUUAAUGUGUCAAGUAGGAUUUUCAGUACCACCAAAUCAUUUUGGAUUUUUACUCCUUCCCUCUUCAUGCACCAGGCUUAUAAAAGAGUGCUUUCUUUUUAACACUACAUAGGGGUCACAAUAAAAUUUGCCAAUUG